AUGGCAAGCAAGGUUAUUACGACAACCUACAAUGGAUCUGCAUCAACCAAUGUAAAACUUGAGGGUGUAAGCCCUGGUCUUGGAGAGCUGUUAUACGAAAAUGUUCGGAAGCACCCUGGAAACAUCGCGAUUGAGUUCGGUGAACGGAAAGUCACAUAUGCAGAACUUCAUUGUUAUGGGCUGAUCCUGUCCCGUCAACUCGUCAAGCGAGGGUUGAAGGCCGAGGAACCAGUGGCCAUCAUUACCGACGCUGGAAUCGACCAAAUCAUCGCGCAAGUAGCCAUUAUCUACAGUGGUGGCGUUUGUUGUGGCCUUGACCCAUCUCUUCCCGAGAAAGAAAUCAAGGAUCGGCUGCUUAACGCUGCAUGCCGGUUGUGCCUCCUCGAUGACCAAAAUAUGGGCCGCCUGAAAGAUUUCACAAUGAUGGCCAUACCAAGCCGUCCACUCACUGUCGAUGAUGUGGAACUAGCCAUUCAAUGCCCGCCUUCACGAAGCACGAUAAGUGACCAGCUUUGCCAUUUGAUGCACACAUCAGGCUCGACUGGUAAAUCCAAGGCUGUGCGGAUCAAGAGCAAGGCAAUUUUACAAGUUGCGAGAUGUAGGCGGACUGUACCCAUAAGCUCUCGAGAUCGGGUGGCCCAGAUAGGCAUGGUAAGCUUUGAUGUCUCUAUGUGGGAGAUUUGGGUCACUAUGAUUCACGGGGCAACUAUCAUUCCUAUUCGCCGCAGUAUUGUGUCGGACGUUUUCCAACUAUCCCAACUUUUGACGGAACUGGCAGUCACAGCUAUUCUUGUUCCCGCAGCGUUACUCUCGCCACUCGUACUUGCUUCGCCUACUGUUUUCUCUAAAAUGAAUGUGGUCUAUAGUGGUGGAGAGGCACCAAAUCUUGCGGCGAUGCAAUCCGUCUUGGAAACUGCGCCACCCAAGCACAUGUUCAACGGAUACGGACCCACAGAGUGCUGCAUUUUCUCACUUGUGCGUGAGAUCACUCUCGAGGAUGCCAAAAAGCGUUGUACGUCCCUUAACAUUCCUGUCGGAGAGACAAAAUACAUGAUUUUGAACGACCAGUAUUUGCCUGUGGCAACAGGGGAGACCGGAGAGCUCUUCCUGGGGGGGGACGGGGUUUCACCAGGUUAUCUCAACCUUGCUGAGAAGACUGCAGAGCGGUUCUUGACAAGUCUCGAUCAUCCUACCCUAGAUUCUUCAUGUAACUGGUUUGCGACGGGUGAUUUGGCCCAGCAGACUAGUUCUGGCGAUAUUCAGAUUGUUGGACGGAAGGAUUACCAGGUGAAGAUUCGGGGUUUCCGUAUCGAAUUGGAAGGUGUUGAGGCCGCUUUGAUGGAGACCGGUUUCUUCUACGCCGCUUCUGCUUGUAAGGUGCAGCGCGACGAUGACCAAACGAAUGCAAUUCUCGUCGCAUUUGUGGUUCCUAAAAGCGCCGACUUCAACGUGAAGGAUGCUAUUGCAUUAUUAGAGAAACAAUUGCCAGGUUAUAUGAUACCCCGGAUUGAGAUACACGAGAAACUCCCAUUGAACGGACAUUGCAAGGUCGAUCGUCACCAGUUAGUCCGCGACUAUCUCGAAAAUGCCACUGCAAGACAGGCCGAGUCGCAUAGAUCAACCAACGAUGCUUCCAUUAUUGAAAGACUGAGAAAGAUCUGGUACAGCGUACUACCAUCAUACGGUGGAGAGAUCCGGUACACGGAUGACUUUUUGACAAUUGGCGGCAGCUCGCUACAGGCGGCUAUGCUCCUCAUUCGGAUCAAGAAAGAGUUUGGAACGCAAUUGACGGCGGUGGACAUAUUCGAACACACUACCCUCGCAGGGAUGGCAGACCUGAUAGGCGCUGGAAAUAAGUCAUUUCGUUUGGACGAGGUCCAAAAUCAACUCUUCCGCAAAGACGCAAGCCUGUUUUCUACACUCAACCUGCGGCCAUUGGCUGAUGCACCAGUCAACUGGAACGCGCCAUCUGAAGGCCAUAUAUUCUUAACUGGAGCGACUGGAUACGUGGGGGCAUUUACCCUACACGCAAUGCUUACUCUGCCCGAGGUGAAAUCUGUCACAUGUCUCGUGCGCGGUGAUACUCAAAGCGAUGCCCGCGCACGUGUCAUGAAAACGCAGGCUCAGUAUUGCCUUGAUUCCAAUUCAUCUGCAUACGACAAGCUCGUGGUCAUUGAAGGAAGUCUCGAUCAUGAGACAUUGGGACUUGGAACCGAAAAAUUCCUGGAACUAGCAGAGCAAACCUCCGCUAUUUUCCAUCUGGCUGCUCAUGUCAAUUAUGCUCAUCCAUAUGUUAACCAUCGGACUGCUAAUGUCAUUGGCACUGCGACACUACUUCGACUGCAGUCAAUUGGCAAGCCAAAACGCCUUCACUAUAUGUCAUCCAUCUCCAUAUACGGACCAACCGGGCUUAUUCACAACCGCCGCAGCGUGGGAGAAAAUGAUUCUCCGAUGAAGUACAUUGACUCAGUCCAGUAUGACAACGGAUAUGCUCAAAGCAAGUGGGUUUCGGAGAAAUUAGUGUAUGACGCUAUUCAGUCGGGCUUUCCCAUCACUAUCUAUCGUCCGGGCUCGGUCUUUUGUCAUAGCGUUACAGGAGUGGGUAAUGCCUCCGACUUCAAUAGCCGGUUGAUGCUCAGUUGCCUCCGGAUGAAGUGCUUCCCAACCAUGAUGGAUCAAAGCAAGAACUUUAUCCCGGUCGACUACCUCACUAAGGCUAUGCUCCAUCUGUCCAAAAGGGAUGAUAGUAUCGGACAAGGCUACAACCUGGUCCCGGAACUGCUAGAGCCGCCGACAACCGAGCUUCAGAAAACGUUUAAGAUGGUAGAAGAAGCAAGUGGGGUUUCUCUUGAAGAAUUGCCGUAUCGAACCUGGUUGGAUCGUCUCCAGGCACAGGAUGACAGCGAUCCCCUUCGUCCUUUGCUACCAAUGUUAGACGAGAAGGUUUUCAACGGCCUUUGCCGGUGGGAAACAUACGCCAAGAUGCCAAUCUACGAGACUAGCAAUCUCAAGAGGCAUCUGCAAAGUGACCCAACAUUGGGCAAGUGUCCUCCGUUGAGUAUGAAUUUGUUGAAAAAGUUUCUUACCAACUUGGGAGCGCUGGAUAAUAUCUAA